ACUGUAUAUAACCAGCUAAGCAGUAGAAAGCUGCUCCUGAGGGACUGACUACACUGUCUAAAACUGUGACCAAGGCAGUUCUCAGGGCACAUCCUUUUACAAUGGAACAUUACAGGGCCGCCAUGGUGCUGGGGGGAGUCGGAGAUGCUCUGGGCUAUAGGAACUCCAAGUGGGAGAACUGCCCUUCAGGUGUGGUGAUUCUCGAUGAACUGAAGGGUCUGGGUGGAUUGGAAAGCCUUACCUUAACAGAGGACAACUGGCCAGUCAGUGAUGAUACGGUUAUGCACAUUGUAACAGCAGAAGCACUCAUAUCCGAUUUCUGGUCCCUUGAGGACCUUUAUCGUGAGAUGGUGAAGGUCUACGUUGAGAUUGUUGAGAAAAUCAAUAAACGACGACCAGACCCAGCAACCAUCGAAGGCUGCACCCAACUCAAACCUGAUAACUAUGUGCUGGGAUGGCACACACCUUUCAAUGUGAAAGGGUCAGGAUUUGGUGCAGCCACUAAGGCCAUGUGCAUUGGGAUGAGGUACUGGCAGCCUGACAAACUGGACAAUCUUGUGCAAGUGAGCAUCGAAUCAGGACGAAUGACGCACAACCACCCUACAGGUUUCCUCGGAUCGCUGUGCACAGCUCUGUUUGCAUCCUAUGCUGUGCAAUGCAAGCCCAUAGUGGAGUGGGGAAGGGAGAUGUUAAAGGUGGUUGCUGUGGCCGAGGCUUACUGCAGGAAAACCAUUCGUCACAUGUCAGAAUACCAACAAAAUUGGUUUUAUUUUGAAACCAAAUGGCAGACAUAUUUGGAAGAAAGAGGAAUUUCACAGGAAGGGCAGAACACACCAACUUUCCCAAAGAACUAUGAUGCAGAGAAAAGAGAUCAGGUCUACAAGGAAUGGAGUUCAGAAGGUGUGGGUGGGAGGAGAGGACAUGAUGCUCCAAUGAUAGCCUAUGAUGCCCUCCUCUUCGCUGGCAAUGACUGGACACAACUAUGUCAUCACGCCAUGUUUCAUGGGGGUGAGAGUGGAGCCACAGGAUCAAUUGCUGGCUGUCUCUACGGCCUCCUUUAUGGAAUGACCAGUAUCCCGCCAGGUUUAUACAAGAAUUUGGAAUUCAGGGAGAGACUGGAGGAGCUUGCAGAAGAACUGUAUAAAGCAGCAAAUGACAGCAAAUCCAAAUGACCUUGAGAGACAAUGAAUGAAUCAACAAAACACAAGAUAUGAUGAGAACACCCUGCUCUGAAGUUAAUGGUAUAAAGGAGGUUGUUAUACUCUUUAUUGAGAGAGUCAAGUGCCGGUGUGGAGAUCACUCACUCACUCUCCUUGGUACCAAGUAAGAAAAUAAACUGCUUCAAAUGGGA